AUGCCUCAGGCUUGGGCAUUUUUUAAAAUGAGGAGUUUCCUGUCCCCCAGUGUGACCAACCAACCAGAGGAGUUUCCUAUCCCCCAGUGUGAGCAACCAGAGGAGUUUCCUAUCCCCCAGUGUGACCAACCAGAGAAGUUUCCUAUCCCCCAGUGUGACCAACCAGAGGAGUUUCCUAUCCCCCAGUGUGACCAACCAGAGGAGUUUCCUGUCCCCCAGUGUGACCAACCAGAGGAGUUUCCUGUCCCCCAGUGUGACCAACCAGAGGAGUUUCCUGUCCCCCAGUGUGACCAACCAGAGGAGUUUCCUGUCCCCCAGUGUGACCAACCAGAGGAGUUUCCUGUCCCCCAGUGUGAGCAACCAGAGGAGUUUCCUGUCCCCCAGUGUGAGCAACCAGAGGAGUUUCCUGUCCCCCAGUGUGAGCAACCAGAGGAGUUUCCUGUCCCCCAGUGUGACCAACCAGAGGAGUUUCCUGUCCCCCAGUGUGACCAACCAGAGGAGUUUCCUGUCCCCCAGUGUGAGCAACCAGAGGAGUUUCCUAUCCCCCAGUGUGACCAACCAGAGGAGUUUCCUGUCCCCCAGUGUGACCAACCAGAGGAGUUUCCUAUCCCCCAGUGUGACCAACCAGAGGAGUUUCCUAUCCCCCAGUGUGACCAACCAGAGGAGUUUCCUAUCCCCCAGUGUGAGCAACCAGAGGAGUUUCCUGUCCCCCAGUGUGACCAACCAGAGGAGUUUCCUGUCCCCCAGUGUGAGCAUGGAGCAGCAUAG